AAGAGCAAAACUGGUCGCCCCUCGCGGCUGGCAGAGCCCCCAUCGCGAAGAGGAGGAGAUUUUGAACUCGAGGAAGACGACGGGAGGCGGUUUUCGGACCAGCUUCGUAGCAUUGGUUGCAUCGCUCGCCAUCCCCCACAGCUCCCUCCCUCUCCUGUCCAGACUAUCCACCAGUGUACCGAGAGCUGCAUGGAGAAGUUGGAGGUCAUUCCGACGUGAUUCUCUUCACCCUCUACUCGAAGCAAAACGAUCCGACAGUACUUACGAGGACCUCCAUUGGCUGGUUUCAUUCCAGCUUCACGCUAUGCGAUAUCACCAGAGGAGAAGAGGUCCAGAUACUGCUAACCUGAUGCGCUACUCCAUCCAGAGACACAAGGAGCUGGGGUCAGAGUCCGUUGCCCACGGAGGACGUAUCGCAGCUGGUCUGGCGGAGAGCGGCGGGGGCAGUCCGCAGCUCAGCUCAACUCUUGUGUGGUGUCUGAGUCAUGUGACUCAUCCCUACGUCCACCUCACCGAGGACAGCUACGAUCAGGUCAGUCUUCCCCUGCUGUCGGUGUUUGGGAAGGAUGCUCCUUCGAGUCAGUGGUUGUGCGUGUUUUUACUGGACAAGUUGCUGGGCCCUCUUCACCAGAGGUUCUCGUCUCUGGUUCUGAACCCAAACCUGAGACCAGGAGAGAGCCACAGCCCAGCGACCAUCAGGGAACUCCUGUGUCUCCUGGAGGCCCUGUGUGGACUGGCACUCAACACCCGACCUGCCCUCAUACAGGUGUGGGUGGGGCUCUAUAGUCACUAA